GGCUGCCCACAACUUUCACUCCGAACGAAAAUAAACUGGUUUGUCCAAGAACAGCGGUGAUUUCCCAUGGAGCGGGAUUAAAUAACACUUCCACAAGGUUUAGGGUUUCCAGGCUGCUCUUAUUAUUAUUAUUUAUUAUUAUUUUAAGGGCAUGUACAUAUUAUGAUGUGAGACGUGGAUUUUGUAGGGGGGAAAAAUUCGCUGGAAAGUUUGAUUUGAAUGUUUGGUGUUAAAAACCCAUCCGGAGACAGUAAUGCGGCGUCUUCAGUGGAUUCACUCGCUGUUGUUGGAGUGUGAACGCUGAUUAAAAAAAAAGAAAAAAGAUACGGUUUCUUUUAGGAACACUUCUGUCGUUUUCUCUAGCCAGGUAAAUAAUUUAGUAGAGAAUAACUCGGAAUAAACGUCAAGCUGGAAUUAUAAAGGGAAUGUCUAAUCAAGGGGCGAGGAGAAAUGGUCCAGUGAAACUGCGGCUCACAGUUCUCUGUGCGAAGAACCUGUCUAAGAAGGACUUCUUCAGACUUCCAGACCCCUUUGCCAAAGUGGUGGUGGAUGGUUCUGGUCAGUGCCACUCGACAGACACAGUCAGGAACACACUGGACCCGAAGUGGAACCAACACUAUGACCUUUAUAUUGGUAAAAUGGACUCCAUCACCAUCAGCGUAUGGAACCAUAAGAAGAUUCAUAAGAAGCAGGGUGCAGGGUUUCUGGGCUGUGUGCGUCUCCUCUCCAAUGUCAUCAACCGCCUCAAAGACACUGGCUAUCAGAAGCUGGACCUGAACAAGCUCGGGCCCAACAAUAAUGACACCAUCAGAGGGCAGAUAGUAGUGAGCUUGCAGUCCACAGACAGGAUAGGCACAGGAGGUCCCUUGGUGGACUGCAGCCGUCUGUUUGAUAACGACUUACCGGAUGGCUGGGAGGAAAGGAGAACUGCAACUGGCAGGAUUCAGUAUCUCAAUCACAUCACACGGACAACACAGUGGGAAAGACCAACCAGGCCCGCCUCUGAGUACGCGAGCCCCGGUCGGCCCCUCAGCUGUCUGCUGGAUGAGAACACACCCAUCCUAAGUUCUAAUGGAGCCGCUGGCGUCACACACACCAACUCCAGAGCCCAGGAGAGACGUGUCCGCUCACAGAGACACAGAAACUACAUGAGCAGAACACACUUACACACACCAGCUGAUCUGCCUGAAGGAUAUGAGCAGAGAACCACACAACAGGGCCAGGUCUACUUCCUCCAUACCCAGACCGGGGUGAGCACGUGGCAUGACCCACGAGUGCCCAGGGAUCUCAGCAAUGUCAACUGUGAGGAGCUCGGGCCCCUCCCACCAGGCUGGGAGAUUCGAAACACAGCCACCGGCAGGGUGUACUUCGUGGACCACAACAACAGGACCACACAGUUCACAGACCCGCGUCUCUCAGCCAACCUGCACCUCGUCCUCAAUCCAAGCGGAUCUCGUGGUGUUGAGAAUCCAAACCUCAGUCGUGCCCCACAGCUGAAGGAGCAGCCUGUGCUGUGUAAUCUCCCUGAGGAGGCUGAAGAGUGUUUAACUGCCCCCAAGUAUAAGCGGGAUCUGGUGCACAAGCUGAAGGUGUUGAGGCAGGAGUUGUCUCAGCAGCAGCCACAGGCUGGCCACUGUCGCAUCGAGCUCUGUCGAGAGGAGAUCUUUGAGGAGUCAUAUCGGCAGGUUAUGAAGAUGAGGCAGAAGGACUUGUGGAAGAGGCUGAUGGUAAAGUUCAGAGGAGAGGAGGGGCUUGAUUAUGGGGGCGUGGCCAGAGAAUGGCUGUACUUGUUAUCCCAUGAAAUGCUCAACCCUUACUAUGGCCUGUUCCAAUACUCACGGGACGACAUUUACACGCUUCAGAUCAACCCCGAUUCUGCCGUCAACCCAGAGCACCUGUCCUAUUUCCACUUUGUGGGUCGGAUCAUGGGCAUGGCGGUGUUUCAUGGCCAUUACAUCGAUGGAGGCUUCACUCUGCCCUUCUACAAACAGUUACUAGGCAAAUCCAUCACACUGGACGACAUGGAGGCUGUCGACCCGGACCUGCACAACAGCCUGGUCUGGAUCCUGGAAAAUGACAUCACGGGUGUACUGGACCAUACCUUCUGUGUGGAGCACAGCGCUUACGGACAGAUCAUCCAGCACGAGCUUAAACCCAACGGCAAGAACAUCCCUGUCAAUGAGGAGACCAAGAAAGAGUAUGUCAGGCUGUAUGUGAACUGGCGCUUCCUACAUGGGAUCGAAGCUCAGUUUCUGGCUCUGCAGAAAGGUUUCAAUGAGGUCAUACCCCAGCACCUACUUAAGGCCUUUGAUGAGAAGGAGCUGGAGCUGAUCGUGUGUGGCCUGGGGAAGAUCGACAUCCAGGACUGGAGGGCAAACACGCGCCUGAAGCACUGCACGGCUGACAGUAACGUGGUGAAGUGGUUCUGGAAAGCCGUGGAGUCGUUUGAUGAGGAGCGCAGAGCCAGACUGCUGCAGUUUGUCACCGGCUCAUCUAGAGUGCCUCUGCAAGGCUUCAAGGCCUUACAGGGUGCUGCAGGGCCCAGACAGUUCACCAUCCAGCAAAUCGAUGCCAACACCAACAACCUGCCUAAAGCCCACACAUGUUUUAACCGCAUCGACAUUCCUCCCUACGAGAACUACGACAAACUGUAUGACAAGCUGCUGACUGCCAUCGAGGAGACCUGUGGCUUUGCGGUUGAAUGAGGAAGCCCCCCUACCCUCCCCUACCCUCCCCACACUCAAAAACACAAACACAGACACACAAUCAGCAACCGAGAAAGUCCAACGCUGGUUUUGGGGGUUAAUCCCUUCAUCUUCUCUCAGCUGCUAUCACCAGAUCUAGUAGAAGUUAUGUUUGGUCCAGAAGUCAUCUCUUUGCUUCAAUGACUAAAAAGUGAAACUAGAAAAAAAGACAAAUUUUUUGCCUCCUCUGUAUAAUAUACAAAGUCUGUAAUGCAGGCAGGGUAACGUUUUCACCUCAAUCAUGGAUGUUUUUCGAGACCGCAGCAUUCGCUGUUCGCUGAAAUUGCCUUUUGAUUGUAAUGAGAGACUCGUCUCUAAAAUAAGAGAUAUUAAACUCUGAGUGUUUACUAUGAGAGCCAUCACCCCAGCACCGUGGACAGCCAUAUUUAUAUUUCUGCAGUUCACACUUUAAAAUUAGAAAUCGAAUCGAGUCCAUGUGAUAUAAUGUGAUUAAAUUGAUCAAUUCUGACUAUAACAGUUAGUGUCAAAGGAGUGGAUGAAUAAAAGUGAAACACACUGCUGCUUGUAGUCCAGAAACCUAUUUUAGUGACAGUGUAAUUAGCUGAGUUCGCAGAGAAAAUUGGAUAGUUACGGAUACAGAAAAGAAUAUUUGUUGCCUUCACAGACACACAGUACUAAACAGUACUAUCUAGCGCUGAUGUGUGUGUGUGUGUGGUUGUAACCAAUAAACAUUGGCAUUGCAGAGUAGUUUAAUAAAAUAAAAUAAUAAAGGGAAUAAAAUUGACGUGUAUUCAUUUGGCUCAGAGGUUAAAGGUCAUGCUCAGUUGGUCUCCAACUGCACUCCCAAGUAUUUGACCUCAACCUUGAAGCCAUUAAAACCUGAUUAAAUGACUCUCUGAUUCGGACCACAGUAAACAUACACAGAAAAUACACUAGCUGAUAUGAAGAAGCAAGCUUGGGGCUGAUUUCUUUCUUGCCCAGACUGUAGACACUUUAACCCUCCGCUGUAUGCUCAGAGUCAAUGUGUGUAGAAAAAAAUAAACCAGCUAGCAAACGAAUAACAUCCCACAUUUUUAUUAUAUGAAGGGAAACGCUGAUCCUGGAUCACCCCAGAACACCAGAGCACUUUAGAAAGGAGGCGAGGAAGAUAGCAGGUUAACAUUAGAGGUGAUUUUACUUGGUUCUAAUCGUGUAGCUGAUUUGUACAAGUAUAUAUAUCCACAUCUUUUAUAAAAAAAAAAAAAAAAAAAAAAAGGUUUUAUAUCUUGCUAUUUCAGGACAUAACCUCAGGUCAUGUAGGAUUGUUAUUUUUGUUCACUUUUAUGGGACUGGAUUUUCCUUAUGUUAUUGAGGUUGGCCUCCAAUCUGUGUGUUAACGAGAUCUAACUGGUUGCCAGCAUUGUUUGUUUUUGUUUUUUUUUGGUUGAAAUACAGCAGUGAAAAACGACAUCUCAGUGUUCCAAAGAACAGGUCAUCUAAUAUCUUUCCUCUCUGUUCAUUUAGGUCAGUCGUUAAUUCGGUCAGCUGAGCCGUGUGUAUCGAGUCUGACGUUUGCUUCAACAGUAUUGGACUGCUUCUGCGAAUCUAGUGUAUGGUGCUGUGAUCAUAAAGCCAUGUUACGUCUGUGCUCAUCCUGGGACUCUUCAGGAAUUAGAAUCUCAGUAUCCUGUAUCACCUUAAAGAGAGUCUGCUCAACAUUUCUUCCUCAUGUCCUCUCAGGGAGUUUUUCCUUGGCAUCAUCUAAAAUCUAGAACCGGAUUACUGUAAAGCUGCUCUGUGACCAUGUCUAUUGUUUCUAUACAAAUAAAACGUAAGUGAAUUAAUGUAGCAAGAAAACAAAAUAGGGAUGUGAGGCAACAGGCCGAGAUCUUCAAAUAUGAUUUUUAUAAAAUAAGUCCGUGAUUCAUCCAGGUUGGUGGAAUGAUAAAAACCUCCACCUGAGCUUCAUAAUGCUACAAGUAUUCAGCUUCAUGGUCAAACAUUUUUUGCACACCAACUCCGCUGGGCAUGAAACAGAUAUCUGUUGGGCGAGUAGGAUCGUUACUUCAUCAAUUGUAGCUCCAGUGCAAUACUAGAGAAGCAAACCUCAGACAACACACAUGACCUGGCUGCUUGACCACGUUUGUAUUUGGGUUUGUGACGGACGGAUAUAUUUCACUGAAGCUUUGCUUGAAGUUAACGCUUCAUGUUUAUAACAUGCUUUUUAACAUUUUUAUAGGACUACGGAUUUUUAUGACAUUGUCCUUAUUUGCAGCAUCCGUAUCCCCUAAGGUUAUAUUAAGUCCAUACAUGUGCUAAAAACCUUAUGUAUAUGCUCUUAAGGGUGCCUUAUCAAGUAUGAAGUACAGAAAUAUUUUAUAUAUGCUGAUGAUGCUUUGAAGAGGUUUCAUAAUGCAUAUCAUUUUUUUUUUUCCUCCAAUCAUUUUCAAUAACCGACCAUCUUCCAUUUGUUCAGUAUUGUUGCUGUAUUUAUAAUUAACAUGAACUCGAGCCGAGCGUUCCCGAUCGGCGCUCUCACUCUCGAUAUCGGAUGCCUUUCUAGCAUGUUCCGCUUAAUCUUCGUGUUUGGUGUGACGUUUGAAACAGUGUUUUGGAUUCGAGAGUGUGUGUGCAUGCUUCAGUAUGUGUGUGUGUGUGUACAGUGUGUGUGUUUGUGUAAAUAAGCUUGUUGAGUAUUUCACUUUUUAUUUCGUUUGUAUUUAUUGCUGCAGCUGUUCUGCGAGCUCAUCUGUCUGUACAUAAGAGGAUGUGCAAGCGGGAGAGUGUUCCUGCUGAACGCCUCGAAACCCCGAGCAAUAAACUCCAAGCUGUUUGCAUCAGCAGUGUUUUGGUUUAACGGCACGGCUCAUUGUGUUGCUUUUGUUAAACGUGUGUAAAUGAGGUUGAGGUACUGUAGAUGUAUUCAAACCCUAACUCACUAGCAGUAUUUACACCACACCUGAAUUCUGAAUUCUGAAUUCUGAUUGGUCUGAAUUGUCUAUAGGGCAUUUUCACACAGAGCUUAACCCCAGGUUAUUGUCAUUCUCAACCCUCAGUUUUA